AAACGACGUAGCCUCUCAGCGCCUAUCAGACGGAGUCUCAUUCAACUUUCUCUCUCCUGCUAUCGGCUGUGCCGUUCAGCAGCUCUUAUUUCUUCUUAUUCUAUCUUACCGUAUUAUCAAGUUUCUCAACUGCCCUGCACCCACUGAUCGGGUGUCAUCGUCAUCAUAUAUUCCAACCGCUUUAAAUAUGAACGCACCAUCCAGUUACGACCCUGCGCCAAUCUACGACAGCGUAGAUAUUGACAUGGUUGUCAAAGUUCUGUCGCAGACAGCUUUCAGCCCCUUCUUUACGUGUUUCAUACCCAUAUUCUACGUCUUUCAAGGUUACGAGUUCGCAGAUCCAGUUGUACUCGUUCCAUCCGUAUAUUGCGCAGCUGUUUCUGCUUUCUGGCUCUUGAAGUGGAUCUCACAGUUGUACCGCAAUCAAGGGAACUUUUUCUUCAAACCUAAACCCUUAGAUUGGAGCGAACAGAUUGUAGUCGUCACUGGAGGCGCUUCAGGAGUAGGUGAACUAUUAGCAAACACACUCGCUGUCCGCAACGUCACGGUUGUUGUACUUGAUAUCAACCCAAUUGUGACUGAAAACUAUAACAUCACUUAUUACCAAUGUGACGUUUCGAAGUGGGAGGAAGUCGAGGCCGUUUCAAAGAAGAUCAUCGAGGAGGUCGGUCAACCUACUAUGCUCGUCAACAACGCUGGCGUUGUGCAAGGAAAACUCAUCGUCGAUCUCAAACCAGAGGAUGUGUACCAGACAUUUGGUGUGAAUACCCUGGCCCAUUUCUGGACUUUGAAGGCGUUCUUACCGGGAAUGAUCAAAAACAAAACUGGUCAUAUUGUGACCAUGUCAUCUGUUAUGGGCUUCGUUGGCAGCGUCCAGAUGGCCGAUUAUAGCGCAUCAAAGGCGGCUCUGGUGACCUUGAACGAGUCACUGCGUUACGAGCUUGACAAAGUGUAUGAUGCGCCCGGGAUUCGUACCACUAUCGUUUGUCCAGGAUACAUCUUAACCCCCUUAUUCUCUACCAUCCAGCUGCCAUCCAACCCCUUCUUCCAAUUCUUCGCACCGUCCAUCGCGCCAGUGGCAGUAGUAAAGGCGAUCAUCACUGCACUUGACGCACAGCAGUCCCGAACUAUUUAUCUGCCGUUUUACACGAAUUUGUCACCGGUGCUUAGGAUGAUCCCCAGUUACCUUAGGGAUCUUUGCCAAAAGUUCUCCGGAGCUGAUCAUUCCAUGAGGAAUUUCACGAAGGUGACGGCACGCAGGCCGGAUGAGGAAGAUCUUCCCGUUAGUAACGGUAAAGAUUGAGGGUACUAUACCAACGCUGUCAAUGUCGCUGCAGCAAUAUACUGGAUAAACACAGCCAGAUUGUCAGUUUCCUAGUAUGAUCUGUCAAAAUUUCCAGUGUGUAGUGGUAAUAUCAUUGACAUUUCCUCGAUCGGUUAUCUCUGGUCAGGGGUUGAAACAUCGAAGCUGAACCGAACAAGUAGUAGAAGACCACUUGUAUGUGCGACUGCUGGCUGUGUGUUUUUCUCAUUCGACAUUAAUCCCUGGAUGUUAUGUUCUUACAGGAAUAUCAUAAAUGCCCUGUUGUGAAAUAAGAACUGGCUCGCGGCCGCCAUUGAACAGACUGCUAGCGCCGGGGAAAUGGGCACAAAAGUACAACAGUCAAAGCAGGCUGAGCAAAGGCAACUCCGAC